GACGGCGGAGCGCGACAUGGCGCGGAUGACGCGCUUGUGCUUUCUGUCAGUCUGCGAAAUGACGCGCCGGAGAGCGUUUCCGCUCGCGUUUUUGUCGGCGUUGGCGUUCUGCGGGACAUUCCAACGAGGCGCAUCCGCCGUUGCCGAAAGCGUCGAAAAUAAGAGCGUCACCGAGAAAGCGCAGCCGGAGGGCUGCAUCGAUUGCGGAUACUACAGGUGUCCAGAGAACCCUGGGAAAUGUUUGCUGGGCUCGGUGCCUGAUCCUUGCGGAUGCUGCCCGGGUGGUCUGUGUGCUCGUCUCGAUGGCGAAACGUGCUGGAACGAGAGCAUCCCUCUCCUAUCUCCGAAGAACCGCAACGACGGUUACUGCGCGAGGAAUUAUCUGUGCGAGCUGCGCUCCGAUCUACAGGAGGAGAAGGACGCUCCGGAGGCCAUCUGCGUCUGCAUGGAGCAGACCCCCGCAUGUGGCAGCAAUAAUGAGACUUACGCGACGCCGUGCGCGCUGCACGAGGAGGCGAUGAAACUCAGAAACUUGUCCUCGCUGUGGCUGCAGCACCUCGGUCCUUGUCAAAGCAGGCCUUGGAUCCUUUCGCCUCUGGAGGACGUCGCCUCGCCUUUCGGUCAACGAGUCGCGCUCAAUUGCGAGGCGAAGGGCUUCCCCGUGCCGGAUAUCUUCUGGGAAUUUCACUCGGCGGACGGCAGGAGAGUGCUGAAAUUGCCAGGAGAGGAGCACGACGCGACGGUACACACGAGCGAGGGUCCGGAGCCCCUCAUGCGAACGUCCUGGAUGCAAUUGGCCCGGCUGAACAAAGAGCACACUGGAAUGUAUCAUUGCAUCGCCAACAACUCCAUCGGCGAGGCGAGCGCGGCUUCGUUCGUGUCGAUGUCGUGAGACUGUGCUCGCGCCCCGCGAGGUGAUCUCUCACGUAACCGUCACGACGCACGUAAAAUGCGGAGAAAGUGAGAGAGAGAGAGAGAGAGAGAGAGAGAGGGAGAGAUAGAGAGAGAGAGAGAGAGAGAGAGUGACGGAGGGCGGUGAA